AUGAGUUCCUCUGAGGAUGAACAGCGCAUAGCGUACUGCAAACAGCACAACGUGCACCAUCUCUUCGAGCUGCUUGCGACGAAGCUGCUGGUGGAGCGUCCUGAAAACCCCUUUGUCUAUAUGCGGCAGCUGCUCGCCAACGUGGAGGAGGCAGAGAAGACGAAGCACACAUAUGACCCCACCAUUCUCCCGCCAACCGCCGUCGGGGCAGCGCAUUCACUCAGGAAGAUUACACUCGGCACAUUUGGCGUUGACAACGCUGGAAAGACAACGCUCAUCUCUGCACUCGGCGGCAAGAUCGACAAGGACGUAACCCCAACUGUCGGCUUCACCCCGACGAGAUUUCAGACGGACAAGAAUGAUAUCUGCAUCUUCGACCUGGGUGGGGCGGCGAACUUCCGCGGCAUAUGGGUGCACUAUUUCCAUGAUUGUCAUGGACUCAUGUUUGUAAUAGACUCGGCGGCCGAUGAGGCUGUGGUGCAGGAAUCUCUCAAGACUCUUUCUGAGGUGGUACGUAACGCGUACAUACGAGGCAAGCCAUUGCUGCUCCUUGCCAAUAAGAAAGACCUCAAGAACAGCCGAGGAGUGAAUGUGGUUCCGGAAGGUUUCUUGGACGAGGUGCUAGAGAAGGGCACCGCGCAUCGCGUAGUGGCGUCCUGUGGCAUUGAGGAGGAUGUCGAUCUCGAAGAUGGGGUGGAGUGGCUGCUCGCAACAGUGGAACGGGAGUAUGACGCGCUCGAGGCACGAGUGCAGCGCGACACAGAAAUGGUGAAAGAGGAGAAUAAGCGAAAGGCAGCGGAGCGGCUUGCGUCGCUGAAUUCCACUGAAUAG